AUGUUUUCUUCGCCGCGCCUGGCGCACGCGGCGGUGGCGGCGGCAGCAGCGGGCCUUCACACCGGGCCGCCUGUCUGCGUCUGCACCGCCGCCCGCCGCUGCUACCGAACGGGCCUCUUCCGCGACGCACUCGCGCAGCAGCGAGCCGCAGCCGCAGGCCUCUCUCCCACCGCCGCCGGGGGGGAGCCGCCAUCGGUAGCCUCCGUGCUGGAUGCAGCCGCCCUCGCCACGUCGCUAGACGAUGCCGCGCAUGCGCCGGCGGCGGAGGAGACGGCGCCAGCGUCAUCACCCGCAGCGACGCGGCGAGUGUCACUUGUGAGUGGCUGUGUGCUUGACACGCAAGAGCUGGCGGCGGCGGUUGCGGAGGAGGCGCUGCACGACGAGUGUGAGGUUCUGCUGCUGCCAGAGCACCCAAAGCAGGAGCGCGGCCAAGACGAGCGCGGCGCAUGCGGUGGGCGGGUGAUUGCCACUGCGACGCCGGCGGACGCCGGUUGGGUGGCCGCAAUGAACUCCCCUGGUAGCUACCUUUCUCAGCAGGACGCCCUUUACUUGUCGGCGCCCACCCCACUGGAGGCGCGGCUGCCGGUGGCCGCCACACCGGCUCUGUCGGCGUGCGUCAUGGUCGUUUUUGCCGCGAAUGACAUGCGGGUGCACGACAACUACACGCUGGCGCUGGCCGCCGUGCGGGCGGAGGCGGCGGGCGGCCUGCCGAUUGUCGCCGUCGCCGUCGUUGACUACCGCGCCUUUGCGCAGCCGAGCGCUGUUGGGGCCUACUUUCGGCAGAGUCCGAUGCGGGCGCGGUUUUUCCUCGAGACCCUCGCGAAGCUGCGGACGACGCUGGAGGAGGAGCUGCACGUGCCGCUGCUUAUUCGCACGGGGCGGCCCGAGGAGCACGUCCCGCGCCUCGCCGUGGAGUGCGGUGCGACAGACGUGUUUCUCACGACGCAGUACGCCCCGCAUGAGAAGCACGUGCACGACGCCAUCAUGGCCGCGGUGAGAGGACGCCGGUGGGUCAGCCGCGACGCCGCGACGGGCCUGCGGCCAAUGCGGCAUGACGCGGCCGUGCGCCACCCGUACGACAACCCCGAGGAGAAACAUGCGGCGGGGGCCCCGGCGGUGGUCUCGCCUGUCCCGCACAGCGUCUGGCAGACGACGCUGGUGCACAUCGACGACCUGCCCGUGCCGGUGGCUGCCAUGGCCGAGGGGGAGCGCUGGUACCACGACGAUGUGACCGUCGCGAGCAUUCGCCCGACGAAUCCGUACGACCGCCACACGGCGCGGCUCUCGUCGCUGCCGACGCGGCACGAGCUGCUCCCCUCCGCGGCGGAGCAAAGUGGGCUGGCGUGCCCGCCGCCGUACCGCGGCGGCAUUCCAAGUCUGGAGCAACUCGGCUACGGCAACCCCGAGGCCUUUGCGGUGGAGGACGUCAUCGCGACGCAGUCCUCGCACCCGCCCGGAGAGGCGGCGGCGCUUGAGCGCGUGGAGGAUUGGCUCGCGGGCGGAGGGGUGACCUCGCUCCUGCGUUACGGCCGCGUGCAUCGGACGAAUGUGAAGAUGUACUCGCAACGCCUCUCGCGGGUGUCGCCGUACCUCUCAAACGGGUCCCUCUCACCGCGACGCUUCUACGAGAUGCUGCGGAGCUACGCCAGCGAAAAUGUGCGGGAUAGUUUUGUGCAGAUGCAAUACCGUGAGGCGCUGCUCCGGCUGAGCCGGCGCGACUACUGGCACUGGAUGGGCCUACGAUACGGCCCGCAGCUUUUCUUCCCGUACGGCCCACGACCUGAGCACACCGACAACAUCCCAGACUGGCGUCAUGACGAAAAAAUUGUGCAGAAGUGGUGCGCAGGACUCACGGGGGUGCCGUUUGCAGACGCGGCAAUGCGGGAGCUGCUGACGACGGGCUUUGUCGCCCACGAGGGACGGCAGGCGUUGGCCUGGUUGCUGACGCGCGGCUACGGCCAGGACUGGCGCCUGGGGGCGGAGUGGAUGGAACGCUGCUCACUUGACUACGACCCGUUUCUCUGCUACGGCAACUUUGCCUACUUUAGCGAGCUGCUCUCGGACGACUUUGGCGAGCCCGUGCGCAGCAUUCACUGGCUCGCCCACCACCACGAUCAGUCGGGCAUCUACGUUAAGAAGUGGCUGCCGCUGCUGAGUAAGAUUCCGCCUGUAUACAUUCAUAGGCCGCACGUUCUUACGCCGCGGAUGCAGGCCAUGCACGGUGUGAGGCUGGGGAAGACCUACCCCUACCCGCUGAAGCUGUGGGACGGUGCGCAGUACGUGCUGGGCAGCGAAGAGCUCACCACGUACUUCGCCUCCUCGAGUGCGUGGCAGCAGAAGGCAAAGAAUGGCGCCGGCGGCCCCGGCUACGUGGAGGCCCUGCGCCACGGCCAGGCGAUCAUGCGGGUGGAGGAGUGGGGCGUCGCCGCCUCGCCGGAGGAGGUCUUGCAGCGUCCAUGGGCGCAUCACCUCCCUGCAUCUGCCUUUGAGAGCUGUGACGACGAGGCGCAGCCUCUGCACGUGGCGCGGAAGGAACAAACGCAGGCGACACGACAGCAGCAGGCAUCUCUGGCCUAA